AUGAGGGCCUUCGCAUAUACGCUGUCAGCAUUCCUACUACCACAGCUGUCUCUCGCGGACCCAGCAUGGAUCAAUCCCGACUACAGCGUCUCCAACACGCUUCUGGAUCCUGAGGGCAACAAGCUGGGUGCCGUGGCGUCGGAGAGUUCGAUAUGCAGCGAUAUUGGCGGCGACAUCUUGAAGAGAGGCGGCAAUGCGGCGGAUAGCACGGUAGCGACGGUGUUUUGCGUUGGUGUGAUUGGGAUGUAUCACUCUGGUGUUGCUGGCGGAGGUUUCAUGCUUGUGCGGUCCAGCAAUGGCAGCUAUGAGUUUAUCGAUUUCCGCGAGAGUGCUCCAGCUGCAGCAUUCCAGGAUAUGUACAACAACGACACCGAUUUAUCGAUUUACGGUGGAUUAGCUAGUGGUGUUCCCGGAGAACUGCGUGGUCUGGAGCACCUCCACAACAACUAUGGCCGUCUUCACUGGAAGGAUCUUGUGUUGCCCGCUGUCAAAGUGGCCAGAGAAGGAUUCCCAGUCACUCCCGAUCUCGUCCGAUACAUGGACUCUGCAACAACAAGCAACAAUUUCCUGGUCAACGAUCCGAACUGGGCGAUUGACUUUGCCCCCAAUGGAACUCGUUUAGGGCUCGGCGACACCAUCACCCGCAAGAGAUAUGCGGCAACUCUGGAGCAAAUAGCAGAGCGAGGUGUAGAAGCCUUCUACUCAGGACCCAUUGCCCAGACCAUGAUCAACACGCUCCAGGCUGCGAACGGUACCAUGACCCUCGAGGACCUCAAGAACUACACUGUCGCCAUCCGACCACCAGCGGAAAUCACGUACAGGGAUUACAGGAUUCGAAGUUGCAGUGCGCCAUCCAGCGGUACGGUCGCCAUGAGCGUGAUGAAGAUAAUUGAGGGAUACACGGACAUUGGCCAGGCAGCGACUCUCAAUCUCAGCACGCAUUUCUUCGACGAAGCUCUUCGAUUUGCAUAUGGCCAGCGCAGCGAAUUGGGCGAUCCAUUCUUCGUCGAGGGCAUGGAUGAGUACCAGGCUGAUAUGCUCAACGAAACGACGGCGGCUGCUGUUCGUGCGAAGAUCAGCCCUCUUCAUACAUUGAACGUGUCAGCAUACGACCCCUCUGGCUUUGAAUCCCUCGAAACUCCAGGUACUUCUGCCGUUGUGGCCAGCGACGUCAGCGGCCUCUCCAUCGCCCUAACGACAACCAUCAACCUCCUCUUCGGCUCCCGAAUCCUCGUCCCAGAAACCGGCAUCAUCAUGAACAACGAAAUGAACGACUUCAGCGUCCCAGGUGCCUCGAACUCCUUCGGCUAUAUCCCGUCCCCAUCCAACUACAUCCGCCCUGGCAAGCGCCCUUUGAGCUCCAUCACGCCCACAAUCGUCGAGCACGCCAACGGAACCCUCUACUUCGUCACAAGCGCCGCAGGCGGAAGUCGAAUUAUCACCGCGACCCUCCAGAACCUGUGGCAUGUGCUGGACCAGAACAUGACAGCCGUUGAAGCUCUUGCCCAGCCGAGACUGCACGACCAGCUCGUGCCCAAUCAAGUCUCAUUCGAGUACCCGUACAACAACGAAACGGUAGCAUUCAUGAAAUCGAGAGGCCACAACGUGACUUGGAUCGCUCCAGGCCAGAGCACCGCGCAGCAGCUCCGGAGACUUGGAAACGGGACGUUCGAGGCGGCGGGCGAGCCAAGGCAGAUCAACAGUGGUGGUAUUGCCGUGUAG